UGCCUUGACUCAUUUUCUUUUGUUUUUCAGGAAAAGAAAUGGAGCAAGUUCAGUAACUAUCCAGUCUAACGUCUUAAUGAUAUCUUAAGGAAUCUUACAAAUACUUGUUUUGAAUUGAGAAAAUGACUGCAGAUAUAGAAGAAAGUACAGGUUGUUGGAAAAGAAUACCUGUGAAAAAGUGGAACAUUCAAUAGUUAAUUUGGAAGUACUUUAAAGUAAAUAUACCUGUUAUGGUGCGAUUCUGGAGUGGAGUUAACUCUAUAGCACACAGGUAGCUCUCCAAGGAGGGGGAAAAAAAAAGCUUUCUGUUUUUCUAAAUUAUGGAAAUUUUUUGGAAGACGUGGACAUGGAUUUUGAGCCUAGUCAUGGUUUCAUCAGAAUUUCACAGUGACAACAGGCUUUCAUAUAGUUCUCAAGAGGAAUUCCUGUCUUACCUUGAACACUACCAACUAACAAUCCCAAUAAGGGUUGAUCAAAAUGGAGCCUUCCUCAGCUUUACUGUGAAAAAUGCUAAACACUCAAGAAGAAGGAGGAGCACAGAUCCUUAUGACCAAGAACUGGCAACAUCUAAAUUAUUUUUUAAACUUUCUGCCUAUGGAAAGCACUUUCAUUUAAACCUGACUCUCAACACAGAUUUGGUGUCCAGACAUUUUACAGUAGAAUACUGGGGGAAAGAUGGACCGCAAUGGAAGCAUGAUUUUUUAGACCACUGUCAUUACACAGGAUAUUUGCAAGACCAACACAGUACAACUAAGGUGGCCUUAAGCAACUGCAAUGGUCUGCAUGGAGUCAUUGCUACAGAAGAUGAAGAGUAUUUUAUUGAGCCUUUAAGGAAUACAACAGAAGAUUCUAGUAACUUUAAUUAUGAGAAUGGUCAUCCUCAUGUAAUAUACAAAAAAUCUACUAUGCACCAGCAGCAUCUCUAUGAUCACAGUCACUGUGGAGUCUCAGAAGACCUCACAAGAAGCAGUAAACCUUGGUGGAUGAGUGAUGCAUCUGCUUUUCCAACUUCACUUCCAGUUAAUGACACAUUAAGUAGUCAUAAUCGACAGAAGAGAUCAGUAAGCCUUGAACGAUUUGUGGAAACACUGGUAGUAGCAGACAAAAUGAUGGUGGGAUACCAUGGUCGCAAAGACAUUGAACACUACAUUUUGAGUGUAAUGAAUAUUGUUGCCAAACUUUAUCGUGAUUCCAGUCUAGGAAACGUUGUGAAUAUUAUAGUGACACGUUUAAUUGUUCUCACUGAAGAUCAGCCAAACUUGGAGAUAAACCACCAUGCAGACAAGUCCCUCGAUAGCUUCUGUAAGUGGCAGAAAUCCAUUCUCUCUCACCAAAGUGAUGGAAACACCAUUCCAGAAAAUGGGAUUGCCCACCAUGAUAAUGCGGUUCUUAUUACUAGAUAUGAUAUCUGCACUUACAAAAACAAGCCUUGUGGAACACUGGGCUUGGCCUCUGUGGCUGGAAUGUGUGAGCCUGAAAGGAGCUGCAGCAUUAAUGAAGACAUUGGCCUAGGUUCAGCUUUUACCAUUGCACAUGAGAUUGGUCACAAUUUUGGUAUGAAUCAUGAUGGAAUUGGAAAUUCCUGUGGGACCAAAGGUCACGAAGCAGCAAAGCUAAUGGCAGCUCAUAUUACAGCAAACACCAACCCUUUCUCUUGGUCAGCCUGCAGUCGGGAUUACAUCACCAGUUUUUUAGAUUCAGGCCGUGGUACUUGCCUUGAUAAUGAGCCUCCCAAGCGUGACUUUCUUUAUCCAGCUGUGGCCCCAGGUCAGGUGUAUGAUGCUGAUGAACAGUGUCGCUUCCAGUAUGGAGCAACAUCCCGCCAAUGUAAAUAUGGGGAAGUGUGUAGAGAGCUCUGGUGCCUCAGCAAAAGCAACCGCUGUGUUACUAACAGCAUUCCAGCAGCUGAAGGUACUCUUUGCCAAACAGGGAGCAUUGAAAAAGGGUGGUGUUAUCAGGGAGAGUGCGUACCUUUUGGCACUUGGCCCCAGAGCAUAGAUGGGGGUUGGGGUCCGUGGUCAAUAUGGGGAGAGUGCAGCAGGACCUGCGGGGGAGGAGUCUCCUCAUCUAUAAGACACUGUGACAGUCCAGCGCCUUCAGGUGGAGGCAAAUAUUGUCUUGGAGAAAGGAAGCGGUAUCGCUCCUGUAAUACUGAUCCAUGUCCUUCGGGGGCCCGUGAUUUUCGAGAAAAACAAUGUGCGGAUUUUGACAAUAUGCCUUUCCGGGGAAAGUAUUAUAACUGGAAACCCUACACUGGAGGUGGGGUUAAACCAUGUGCAUUAAACUGCUUGGCUGAAGGUUAUAAUUUUUACACUGAACGUGCUCCUGCAGUUAUAGAUGGGACUCAGUGCAAUGCUGAUUCACUGGAUAUCUGUAUCAAUGGAGAAUGCAAGCAUGUAGGUUGUGAUAAUAUUUUGGGGUCUGAUGCUAAGGAAGAUAGAUGCCGUGUUUGUGGAGGAGAUGGGAGUACAUGUGAAGCCAUUGAAGGUUUCUUCAAUGAUUCAUUGCCCAGAGGAGGCUAUAUGGAAGUGAUUCAAAUUCCAAGAGGUUCUGUGCACAUUGAAAUAAGAGAAGUGGCAAUGUCAAAGAACUACAUUGCUUUAAAAUCUGAAGAGGAUGACUACUAUAUUAAUGGUGCCUGGACUAUUGACUGGCCAAGAAAGUUUGAUGUUGCUGGAACAGCUUUCCAUUACAAGAGGCCAACAGAUGAACCAGAGUCUUUGGAAGCACUAGGCCCUACUUCAGAAAAUCUCAUAGUCAUGAUUCUGCUACAGGAGCAAAAUUUGGGUAUAAGGUAUAAAUUCAAUGUUCCCAUCUCUCGCACUGGCAGUGGAGACAAUGAAGUUGGCUUUGCAUGGAAUCAUCUGCCUUGGUCAGAAUGUUCUGCCACUUGUGCUGGAGGUGUGCAGAAACAAGAGGUAGUGUGUAAAAGGCUGGAUGACAACUCCAUUGUACAAAACAAUUACUGUGACCCUGACAGUAAGCCUCCAGAAACCCAGAGAGCCUGCAACACUGAGCCUUGUCCGCCUGAAUGGUUUAUAGGAGAUUGGUCAGAAUGCAGUAAGACCUGUGAUGGAGGAAUGCGUUCACGAACAGUUCUCUGUAUCAGAAAGAUUGGACCUUCUGAGGAGGAGACACUGGACACUACCAACUGUUUAACACACCGGCCCAUUGAAAAAGAACCCUGUAACAAUCAGUCCUGUCCCCCACAGUGGAUCGCUUUGGACUGGUCAGAAUGCACACCAAAGUGUGGCCCAGGAUUCAAACACCGAAUUGUUCUGUGCAAAAGCAGCGAUCUUUUAAAAACUUUUCCAGCUGCACAAUGCCAAGACGAAAGUAAACCCCCCGUCCGCAUCCGCUGUAGUUUAGGCCGAUGUCCUCCUCCUCGCUGGGUUACUGGAGACUGGGGACAGUGUUCUGCACAGUGUGGUCUUGGGCAACAGAUGAGAACAGUACAGUGCCUCUCAUACACCGGACAAGCAUCCAGCGAGUGUCCAGAAACACUCAGACCUCCAUCAAUGCAGCAGUGUGAAAGUAAAUGUGACAGUACUCCCAUUUCCAACACAGAAGAGUGCAAAGAUGUGAACAAAGUGGCAUAUUGCCCACUGGUGCUGAAGUUCAAGUUCUGCAGUCGAGCAUACUUCAGACAGAUGUGCUGCAAGACCUGCCAAGGACACUGACCCACAGAAAGCACAGGAAUGUGCCUUGUUAUUAUCAUUGUGGAAGAGCGUCCAUCAAAGAGAGCCACACAGCGGAAUGAGAUUGAUGUCCUUGCAAAUGCAUUACCCUGUGGAAAACGUAACCACUGGUCAGCCCCAGCUGACAGGAUUUCAAUAUUAUUUUAACUUCUGUGAAGUGGGAUUUAUUAAUCCAAAGUGCUGGACACAGUAUAAGGAGGGCAUGCCAAAUUGGAAAGAUCCACACAACACAUAUAGAAUAGCUUACUGUGGAACAUUUGUGUUCUUGACUAAAUCCAAUAGUCUGUUUACCUCCUUGGACCAUUAAAGUAAUUUUUAUUAUGGACUUAGCAAUGACACUGAAUCCAUUUGUAUUUAAAACUGUUUAAAAUGUAGCUGUUAUGACUUAGUCUACUAUGGAAGUAAAGAAGGAUCAAAAAAACAUUAAGUCAUAGCUUAAAAAUGUUAACUAUUUUAUCUCACAACACAGCACCACAAUUUAAAUUAUAAAAUGAGCUUGGAAAUGUUAUUUAAGGAGCAGAAAUUAAAAAAAAAAAAAAGUAUUUUUCCUUCAUUCCACCUAAUUCCCUUUGGAGUAAUCCAUAUUUCCUGAACACUGCUGUGAGCCAUAUAUAAAGCUAUACUAAAUAGAACAACCGUGAGGGACUUAGUUUUAAGAGGUGCAACAGUUAUUGCAGUGGUGCAUGAAAUACGAGUGUGCUAUGAAACAAAAUGAAAUCUGUGUUGCAGGUUUAUGGCCAUUUUACCAUUGUACAAGUGAAGCUGAGAUUUCCACUGAAAGGGAACAUUUGGAGGAGGCGGACUCCAACAGUGGUGAAGACCAUAUUGCCAGCUUCUUCACUACUACGGUACAGGUUGCUCAGAACUUACUUUGACUCCAGCUCACAUUUGUUUACAACACCAGCCACAAAGAAGAAGUAACUUUGUGGGCAUCUAGAUCUGAUUUACAUGUUACUUUUGAUUCUCCAAAACUAAGAAUUCCAGUGCAGAAUAUAAGCCUAUUGUGUAAUAGCAGCAGUCCUUUGAAAAGCUGAAAGUUAAAAUGGAAUCCAGGUGUUCACUUUGAUACCAUAGCAGAAGGGCAUUUGUUUAUGAGAAAGAAAAUGUGAAUGUGCAGUUCAGGAGACCACAUCUGAGUGGGCAAGAAUUACAACCAAAGAAUAAACGACUCAUGGAGGUAUCUAGGUUCAGUUCAAAUGGGAAGUCAAAAGUGUGCUUGAGCCAAGAGGCCUGUUGGACUGUCAGAAGGCACACUGGAAAAGGGGUGGCUAGGAUGAAGUCUGGCCACCUUCACCUAAAUGGCCAGGUACGUAUUUAAAGCUGGACCAUAUUUAAAGCUAGGGCAGCUUUCAGCAUGAGACUGAAACAAACUCAUGCUUCUGGAUUAGUAGCUGGAUGCUUUAACUUUUCUGCCACCAUACUCCAUUUAUUUCAUAUUACCAUAGUUUUAAUAUUCACCAAAUACUUUGUAUUUUUAAAUGUGAAACCAAAAUACUUAGGCAAGUAACAUUCAAGAAUAUACCAUUAAAAGUUAAUUCUUGUGCCUUUCUUCCCCUUCACUUUUCAAUAACAGACUCGACAAGGGAGAUAAGGAAAGUAGAUACUUGUUUAUAUUAGUACAUUGUACUUGAACACUUACGCUUUGCAGCAGGUACUUGGAAUGUGCUUUUUUGUCCAACUAUGCCUCCUUUGUUGUAGUGCAAUUAAAGUUAUGUGAACAAUAACGUGUUACAAAUUCUAACUCAGCACUUUUUUUAAAAAGUACUCUUUUCAGUGAAAAAUAAUUUCAGAGUAUCCUGAAAUUGAAGUGUAGCAGUGUAUUUUACCAAUAACAAGCCAGAUGUGUUACACACUAUUUACUAAUGUGAAUUAAUGUGGAACAGUAGAUAUUUUUAACAGGACCCUUACUAUGAAAUCCCCCCCCAACUCAUUGACAAUCUGUCCAUGGGGUUUUGUGUAGCCCAUGUAUUCAUGACCAUCAAAUUCCUGUCAUCUGCUACCUCUUGCCAGUAUUUCCACUUCUGUACACCUGUGACCAGUGGAAUUUAUUCUCAGUUGGCUUGCAUGUAUUCACAUAUGCUUAUUUGCUGCUCUCAUUACCAUGUGAACAACUUCUGGUAAAAGUGACACCAGUAGAA